AUGAACACAGACCUCAGCCUCUCGCUCCGGGACCUCAGUCGCAGCAGCGGUGCUGACCAGCACCAAUCCAAAAAAGACGACAACAACCUCAUCAACCAACUCCUAGACAUCCAGGACCACUACCUCCUCCACAACCUCAAAUCCCUCGCCUGGAUCACCAACCUCCAAUGCCUGACCACGCACGACCCGCUCGCGCGCAAGCGCAAAUCACACCCCGACGACACCUCCUCCUCCCAUGACCACCUCACUGCGACACCCACCACCCGCACCCUCGCCCGCACCACCGUCAACGGCCGCAGCGGCGACUACAUCGCCAUCUCCUAUCCGUGGACCGCCGACGCCGCUAGUGAGGAGCCCACCAGCAGCACCCUUGACAGCCCGGCCACCGGCUCCUGGCGCAUCCGCGCCUCUUCCUCAUCAUCCUCCUCCUCGGCCGCCUCUUCGCGCAUGCUGACCAGCGUGUCAGCAGUGCGCGACGUGGUGCUCGACCGCGCGUGGCGCUGCGCCGAGGCGCUGGGCUGCGCACGCCUCUGGAUCGACCGAGAAUGCGUGCCGCAGGAGAUCGACGACGACGAUGAUAGCGCUGCUGCAGCCGUCGAGAAAGAGCAGGCGCUGAACACGAUGGAUCUGGUGUACCAGCUGAGCGACUGGCCGGUCGCGCUGCUGUUCCGGCCGGUUGGGAGCGAGGAGGAUCUGAGGCUGUUUGAGAAGGUGAUGAUGAGGAAGCUGUUGAAGGGCGGGAGCGGACCGGGGUUCAAGAGCGGCGGUGGCAGCGGCGGUGUCAGCAGGCCAGGGGAUGAGAGGUUGAAGGAGAGCGUGGAUGCGGGGACGGCGAGGGCCGCGUUGAGGAUUUUGAGGGAAGUGACGGAUGAUCCGUGGUGGGAGCGCGCGUGGACGUUUCAGGAGGAUUAUUGCGCGGGACCGAAGAUGAGUUUGUUGAUUCCGCUGAAAGACAGGCGGUGGUGGAGGAAGAAGCGGAAGUAUGAGUUUUGGCGGACGGGCGAUGUGCCGGGAGAGCUGAUGGUGAGCUCGGUCGAGUUCCACAAGGCGGCUACGCGGUUCUGCUUGGCCUACAUGAAGAGCGCUUUCGUGUCGAAUGAAGAGAAGGGCAUUUGUCGGACUGUUAUUCGGAAGGCUGGACGGUAUUCGUACACCAUCUUGUAUGAUGGGAUUUCCAGCGCAUCGGAUUAUUCCCGCACCAUGACGACAAGGAUCCUCGAGGAUAUUGCGCAUCGGAACGCCAGAUUUCGCGCUGAUUUGCUGCCAAUAGCAUCCAACUGCUGCGAGUAUGGCGUCCGCCUGGACACCAACCGUCUGAGCAAGUCAGACAUCAGUCUUGCAGUUUGCAUACUUGCGCUUUGGCUACUCAAUGGCGAAAUCUACAAAACUCACGUCGAGAAGACGCCGGCCGAACUCGAGGCCAUGAACAUUUUUGAGUAUCUCAAGGCAAUAUCCUUGGAUAACUUCUCCCCACCUUUGCAGAGAGGUCAGCUCACCUUCCUGAAAACUUGCCGUUUUGUCGACAUACAGCUAUCGGAACACGGCGUUACAACCAGCGGCUGGCUGUGGAAACUGGACCACCAAAUCUCAACAGAUGAUCUCAUGUUCCAUUCCCUGGAUCAACAUGCACCUCAAAAUAUCACCCAAGAUGAACCAAAAACCCCGAAAUCACCUCUGGAAGCUCUUGGGGUUAAGCUCCGACAUCUGAAGCAUCACAGCUUAGCAGACCUACUGGAAUCUAAGAAUUACUUUUCUGAUUUGGAAGAACAGAAGAAUGCCGUCGGCGAGAGCACUAAGAGUUGUACUCCUGCGGAAACCCACUUGCGCAUGACGGCGAAAAAUCUGGAACGCGGGAUUAUGAAAGGCUACACGCUUUUCCUUGGUCGCUUAUGGGAUGGACAGAAGGAAGAUGACGAGGAAACAGCAGAACCACAUACGGCAAUUUUCAUCGGCGGACGUGAGGUUCAGGAAAUCGACUACUCCGUCCCCAGCACUCAGAGCUCAUGGAAACAUCACUCCGGUGGUCCUUGUGCAAGGAGAAGCUGCUCCGGGACUCCCGACCUACCACCACCGACGCAGGAGAGUGUAUUGAACUUCGACACAUCAAUACCCGCAUUUGCCUUCACAGCUUGGAGCGGACGAUCUGAGGAUGAUGAUCGGAAUAUUGAAGAAAGUCAAAUCGACAAGUAUGUCUCGUUGGAAGUUGAAGUAGACGAGGAAAGAGCUAAUGGUAUACCGAUGCUGCGGACAAAACGCUGGUUAAACGGCCUUUGCUUCUUUAGUCGGGCAGCGGAAAUGGAUGUCACAUUCGCCUGGCCCCCGGGCCUACGGAAUGGGACUUGA